UUGCGCCGUUCGUAGAUACCCGGAAAAGGAAAACCACAUCAGCUGACUUGUGUUGAUAAGUAUUUUCUUGUCAGCAGUUUAGUGUAUUUAAAAUAUUUAUUUCUUUAGUGUUGUUGCGCUGAGUAGUCAUGUUACGACCAAAGGCCUUAACGCAGGUUCUUAGCCAGGCGAACACGAACGGAGUCCAAAGCACACUCUUACUAAAUAAUGAAGGUUCACUUCUGGCUUACUCUGGUUAUGGGGACACUGAUGCUCGGGUGACAGCCGCCAUUGCUAGCAACAUCUGGGCCGCCUAUGACAAGAAUGGCCACCAAGCCUUCAAUGAAGACAAACUUAAAUUCAUACUCAUGGACUGUAUGGAGGGCAGAGUGGCCAUCACGCGGGUAGCUAACCUGUUACUUUGUAUGUAUGCCAAAGAAACUGUGGGUUUUGGGAUGCUUAAAGCCAAGGCAGAAGCUUUGGUGCAGUAUCUGGAGGAACCCUUAACACAAGUAGCAGCAUCGUAGGAGAGAUCAGGCUGAACAUAUCAUCUGAUGCAGGUCAUUCAUGGACUACUGCAACAUUCGCUAUGAUCACAUAAUGUUUGUGCAUCUGUCUGAGCGAGGAAGUGAACACGCGUGGGGCGGGCUCAUCCAUUUAAAGCAAUCAAAAGAAAUCAUUUGUAUGACUGUAACAAUUUGUUCACCCUGUGACUCAGUUCAUUUGUAUGAAAACACCACAUAAUGUAUUGGUAGACAGUCUGCAGUGAUAUCUGCUGAAAUGAAUUUAUUAUCAACAGCUUAGCUUCAGCUUGAUUUCAGGCACACUGAGCAGUUACACAGUAAAUAGACCAUGUCAAAGCUGUAUGGACACUUUCAGAGUUACGGAAGCCUAUGUUUUUGUUUCAAGGCUGUAAAUAAAUGUUUUCAUUUGGAGUAGUGUUUGUGCAGUUUUACUUUUUGUUUAUGCUGUGAAAUGACUUUGUUGUGACUUCAGCAUGGAACUACAACACUGAGAAGGUCAAUAACGAAAUAUUAGGUGAGAACAUGCAACAAUUAAUUGUUAUUAAAUUAAUCACCAACUAUGAUUAUUGAUUUAUUGUUUUGGGUCAUUUAAAAAGUCUAAAUUCUCUGAUUUCAUCUAAUUAAAUGUGAAUAUUUUCUGGUUUCUUUAAUUCUCUGACAGUAAACUGAAUAUCUUUCGGUUGUGUCAUUUUGGGAAGCAUACAAUUGAGAAAAUGAUUGACAGAUUAAUUGAUUAGGUAGAAUAUUUAUUAGUUGUCACCCUUUAUGAGACAGAUGAGGCAUAUGCUGUCUAGCCAUCAGCCAGAACUGGUUCAUGUUUAGCUGCAGUACGUUCUUAUUGUUUAAUGAACUUAAAGCAUUCCGUGUUGUUCCAGCAGCAUCAUGAUGUUUAGGGGCCUGUUUUCGAAAACGGGUUUAGUAAAAACUCAGUUGUCUGUGAUGUGAAGGAAACUUUGGGUUUCCGGUUUUGAGAAGCCGGUUCAGCCACAUUCUCCCAUACUGUGGCAACAGAUUUUGUGACGUAAACUGCUCACUGGCAAAUUUUAUUCCAGUAACCCAGUUUUUUUUCUUGAAAUCAACUUUCAGACUGAAUGAGGUAGGCUCUCAGACAUGGCUCCAGAAGCAUCAACGCACAAAUCAUCUGAAUAAAUCUCUAUGAGGAGAGAGUGAUCAGACCCCACUUGGAUGUUUUGUCACUUCCUCAUGAUUAUCUGAGCAUUUCCAAUUUUGUAAACAAGCGAUCUUUGAUUAAAAUUAAAAGAUUCUCAGCCAGCAUGUUUCCUUCAUGAGACAUUUUACACAUGCCAUGGGCAGCAGCGGAAUUACUUUUCAAUUGACACAAUAAGUGAUAUCAGGUAUCGCUGGCGUAAAGAGGCAGUCGGUGUGUGUGUGUGUGUUAGAGGCUGAUUUCCCCCACAAACCUUUUAAAUUCCCAUUGUUAAUUGGUGCAUUCUGGUGUGUGUGUGUGUGUGUUUAUAUAGGAGGGGGAGUAAUUUCUAUGUUUAAUUUAUAGAUAUAUUACCCUUUAUUUGAAACAAAGAUAUAAAUUCUAGCUUAUUGUAUUUCUGAUUAACAUGGAUUUGUGUGCUGCUGUGUGUAUUAAAAUUUAUACUAU